GUUUGACGUCAAGGCGAAGUGUGCGUUGGACGUCAGCGUGGCGUCAGCGUGGCGUCACGUGGGCGGGAAAGUCGAAACGAGGGGCGGUGACAGCGUCUCGGCGUCUCGGCGUUUCGGCGGGUGAGUGAGGCAGCGGUCGUCGUUUUUCGAGGCCCCGCGCCCUGUCGGCCUGGUCUCUAGGCCCCAGCCGAGCCUGGCCUUUCCCUCUGGGGCUCCAUCGUCAGUCUUAUCGUGGGAUAAUCCCUUCAGUAAUUUAACUGAAGAAGACUUUGGUCAAAAUGGCUUCCAAAAGAAGGCUGUCAAGAUCUGGGGAUAAAGAGAGCCUGACAGAAGAUACCUCCAAAGCCAGGAAGCAACCACUUUCCAAAAAGACAAAGGAAUCUUACGUUCAUAAUGAAGUUGAAGAAAAUGCCAGUGUCUUUGUAAAGCUUCUUAAAACAUCAGGAAUUACUCUUAAAACAGGAGAGAGUCAGAAUCAACUAGCCGUGGAUCAAAUCGUUUUCCAAAAGAAGCUCUUUCAGACUCUGAGGAAACAUCCUUCUUAUCCCAAAAUAAUAGAAGAAUUUGUUAGUGGCCUGGAGUCUUACAUUGAGGACCGAGACAGUUUCAGGAACUGCCUUCUGUCUUGUGAACGUGUGCAGGAUGAGGAAUCCAGCAUGGGUACAUCUUACUGUAAGAGCCUCAUUAAAUUGCUUCUGGGAAUCGACAUACUGCAGCCUGCCAUUAUCAAAACCUUAUUUGAAAAGUUGCCGGAAUUUCUGUUUGAAAAGGUGAACAGUGAUGGAAUCAACAUGCCUCGACUCAUCAUCAAUCAACUGAAAUGGCUAGACAGAGUUGUGGACAGUAAGGAUCUCACCACCAAGAUCAUGCAGCUGAUCAGUAUAGCGCCAUUGGACCUACAGCAUGACUUCGUCACCAGCCUACCUGAGAUCCUUGGGGAUUCCCAGAAUGCUGAAGUGGGGAAAGAACUCAUUGACCUUCUAACAGAGAAUACUCUGCUCACUGUCCCGAUCCUGGAUGUUCUUUCCAGCCUCCAGCUUGACCCAAAGCUGCUGACUAAGGUCCGCCAGUUGGUGAUGAGUAAGCUGUCAUCUGUCACAUUGGACGAUUUACCUGUGAUAGUCAAGUUCAUUCUUCAUUCUAUAACAAUUGUGGAUGCAUUUGAGGUAAUUGCUGAGCUUCGGGAGGAGUUGGAUCUGCAGCAUUGUAUUUUGCCUUCAUUGUUUCAGGCUUCUCAAAGCAAGUUGAAAACUAAAGGCCAAACAAGUUCUUCAGGAAUUCAAGAAAACAGUGACAAGGACUGUGUUACUCUCCUCUUUGAUGUGAUAAAGUCAGCUGUUAGAUAUGAGAGAGUUAUUCCAGAAGCCUGGAUUAAGGCAAUUGAAAGCACUGCCUCCGCAUCUGAACACAAGACUUUUGACCUGGCAGUGCUUCUCAUCAUCUACAGCACCAACGCUCAGACAAAGAAGUACGUUGAGAGGGUGCUAAGAAGUAAGAUUCGGUCAGGCUGCUUUCAGGAACAGCUGCUGCAGGGCACGUUCUGUGUUCAUUACUUGGUUCUUAAGGAUGUUUGUCCAUCCAUUUUGUCGCUGGCUCAGACUUUGUUGCACUCCUCACACCAGAGCAUAAUUUUGUUUGGCAGUCUCCUGUACAAAUAUGCAUUUAAGUUUUUUGACACUUACUGCCAGCAGGAAGUGAUUGGUGCCCUGGUGACCCAUAUCUGCAGUGGGAACGAAGCCGAGGUUGAUAUUGCGUUGGAUGUCCUCCUAGAGUUGGUAGUUCUGAACCCAUCUGCUAUGAGACUGAAUGCUGUCUUUGUGAAGGGUAUUCUAGAUUAUCUGGAUAAUAUGUUGCCUCAGCAGAUACGAAAACUCUUCUAUACGCUCAGCAUACUGGCAUUUAGCAAACAGCAUGAAGCCAACAAUCACAUCCAGGAUGACCUUCAUCUGGUGAUACGAAAACAGCUCUCUAGCACUAUAUUCAAGUACAAACUCAUUGGUAUUAUUGGCGCUGUCACCAUGGCUGGCAUCAUGGCGACAGACAGAAGCAGAUUUUUCAGUUUGACCCCAGGGAGAGGAGACCUGAGCGAUGAACAGUGCACACAGGUGACCUCCUUGCUGCAGUUGGUUCAUUCGUGCAGUAAGCAGUCUCCUCAGGCCUCUGCAGUUUAUUAUGAUGAGUUUGCCAACCUAAUCCAGGAAGAAAAGCUGGCUCCAAAAGCCCUGGAAUGGGUUGGGCAGACCAUCUUUCAUGAGUUCCAGGAUGCCUUUGUGGUGGACAGCUGUGUUGUUCCAGAAGGUGACUGCCCAUUUCCCGUGAAAGCUCUCUACGGACUGGAAGACUACAGUAGUGAUGGGAUUGCCGUCAACCUCCUGCCACUCUUGUUCUCGCAGGACUUUGCAAAAGAUGGGGGUAGCCCAACUUCGCAGGCAUCAGACCAAAAGUUGGUUUCUCCAUUGUGCCUGGCUCCCUAUUUCCGGUUACUGAGACUGUGUGUGGAGAGACAACAUGAUGGAAACUUGGAGGAGAUUGAUGGUUUAUUAGAUUGUCCCAUAUUCCUCACUGACCUGGAGCCUGGAGAGAGACUGCAAUCCAUGUCUAUCAAAGAGCGUUCAUUCAUGUGUUCACUCAUAUUUCUUACUCUCAACUGGUUCCGAGAGGUUGUAAAUGCCUUCUGUCGGCAGACGUUGCCUGAGGUGAAGGCGAAGGUGCUCACCCGGUUAAAGAACAUCGUUGAGCUGCAGCAGAUCCUGGAAAAGCACCUGGCAGUCACUCCAGACUAUGUUCCUCCCCUUGCAAAUUUUGACUUGGAAGGUUUAGAAGUAACACCUCCUACCAAUACUGCUGUUUCCUCAAAAAUCAGAAUGCAAGGAAAGAUAGGAGGAAGGAAACGAAAAGCAGAUGGCAGCAAAAUGCCCUCCCCGGACGCACCUUCAAAAGAGGACAAUUCGGAGUGCGACCCUGCGCCGUCUGACAGGAGCCAGGUGGAAAAGGAGCUCAAAGGGAAAGAAGGAAAGACAUCAGUGUCGCUACAGAAUUACCACGCUUAUUUCCGAGAGCUGGACAUUGAGGUCUUCUCUAUUCUGCAUUGUGGGCUUGUGGCCAAGUUCAUCUUAGAUGCUGAAAUGCACACUGAAGCUACAGAAGUUCUGCAGCUUCAGCCUCCUGAGCUGCUUUUCUUGCUGGAAGACCUCUCCCAGAAGCUGGAGAAUAUGCUGACACCUUCUAUUGCCAGGAGAGUCCCCUUCCUCAAGAGUAAAGGAAACCGGAAUGUUGGAUUCUCACAUCUCCAUCAGAGAUCGGCCUUAGAAAUUGCUUUUAGAGUUGUUCAGCUGCUGACCCCGCUGUGUAAAUAUCUGGAGAACAUACACAACUAUUUUCAGAGCUUAGAUGCUGAGAAUUGUGGUGUAGCUGUUGGACCGGGAAUGGAAGUUGAGGAGUACCACGUGAUGGCGUCCUGCUAUCAGAGGCUACUGCAGAUUUUUCAUGGGCUCUUUGCUUGGAGUGGAUUUUUUGAACUUCAAAAUUAUAAUUUACUGUACUCAGCCCUCAAAGUCCUUAAUAGUCGACUGAAGCAGGUAGAGCCUGACCAAGCCUUGGACGAACUGCUCAGCCAGAGCUUCCAUUACUUGCAGAAUUUCCAUCUCAGCAUUCCCAAUUUCCAGUGUGCUCUUUAUCUCAUCAGAAUUUUGAUGGUCCUUUCGGAAAAAUCUACAGCUCCUACUCAGAACAAAGAAAAAAUUGCUUCCCUGGCCAGACAGUUCCUCUGUCGGGUGUGGCCAAGUGGGGAGAAAGAGAAGAACAGCGUCCCUAAUGACCAGCUCCAGGCUUUGCUUAGCAUCUACCUGGAGCACACAGACAAUGUUCUGAAGGUCAUAGAGGAGAUUGCUGGUGUUGGUGUCCCAGAACUGAUCAGCUCCCCUAAAGAGGCAUGUUCCUCCACGUUCCCUACACUGACCAGGCACACCUUUGUCAUUUUCUUCCGUGUGAUGAUGGCUGAACUAGAGAAGACAGUGAACGAUCUUCAGACUGGAACAGCGGCAGACUCACAGCAGGUUCACGAACAGAAGCUCCUCUACUGGAACAUGGCUGUUCGAGACUUCAGCAUCCUCAUCAACCUGAUAAAGGUGUUUGAUAGCCGUCCUGUUCUGCACGCGUGUUUGAAGUUUGGGCGUCUGUUUGUGGAAGCAUUCCUGAAGCAGUGUAUGCCGCUCCUAGACUUCAGUUUUAGAAAACACCGGGAAGAUGUUCUGAGUUUACUGGAAACCUUCCAGUUGAGCACAAGGCUGCUUCAUCACCUGUGUGGGCAUUCCAAGAUUCACCAGGACAUGAAACUCACCAAACAUGUGCCUUUCCUCAAAAAGACCCUGGAGCUGUUGGUUUGCAGAGUGAAAGCCAUGCUCAUCUUCAACAACUGCAGAGAGGCUUUCUGGCUGGGCAACCUGAAAAACCGGGACUUGCAGGGUGAAGAGAUUAUAUCCCAGAGUUCCCAGGAGAGCACAGCAGAUGAGAAUGAGGACGAUACCUCAUCCCAGGCCUCCAAGAGCAAAGCAACAGAGGAUGGUGAAGAAGAUGAAGCAAGUGAUGGAGAAGAGGAGAGUGAUGACAGUGAUGAUGACUCUGAUUAGACCACAGACAGACUGAUGCUCCCUCCCCACCUCUGCCAGCCUCUUAACCAUUUUGUGUUCAGUGUUCAAAAUCUGCGGUCUGCCUUUGUAAUUGGAAGCAUCCUGUUUUGUCCUUAUUGAGGGGUUUUUGUUGAAUCAGUGUAAUUGUGGAUUUUACAGACUGUCAGCUAAUGUCGAAUCCGCAUGUAGCGUUACUUAACAGUUCGGGCGAACGUGGCAGAGCCAUGCUGCGGAGUAGUCAGGAUUCUGGGCUUUGGGAGAGUUUUGAAACUCUGACUUACUCUAGAAUUUAGGUUUGUACUAGUUUUACCAAUAAAUCUUGUUUUAAGUUCUGCCUCA